AUGGAUUCGAAUUUCCUACUUUUCUUCAUUUGCAUAGGUUCAGGUGCCGCACAUAUUAUUACUCCUCGAACAAUCAUCUCAACUGGCUCCCCCACAGUUCUCGGGUUACAACCUCGACAGACGACAGCAUUCGCCACUUCCACUUGUGGUUUCCUGAAUGGGAACGCAAAUCAGCCACUGGUUGCGAACAGUGGCUCGGAGUGUACCUUUGAUCCAACUGCUACGCUAUGGGGCCUAUGCAGAACUGGGUUGACCCUCACAGAUUGUGGCUUUGGUGGUUAUUGCAUCGACGCUGGACCUUGUUCGACAGGAUGCGGGCUAACAGGUACGGAUGUAAACACAUUGAGUUGUGCAAAACAGAAAAGCGCUAGCUUUUGUGUCUCAAGUCUACUCCUCUUCGGCGCAGAUCAAACUUACACACAUAUGACUUGUGCAUCCCAAGCGAAUGUAAGCCCGCCUGUCUUUCUAUUUGAAGCAACCACAACCGCUCCAAGACCUGCGUCGACUUCCGAACAAAGCUCGUCGGCUGUAAUAACGGCAAGCCAAUCGAACGUGCAAUCAAAUCGGGAGUCUGCCACCCCAUCCGCAUCAGGUUCGGCCACAAACACUGCUAGCAAAGCAUCAGCCUCUGAUUCCGGUUCCAACUCGGGUUCGAACUCGAUUUCAAAGUCUGUUUCAAACUCGGUCUCUUCUGGUGCCAUCGAAUCUCAAUCAUCAAAUGCUACACCCUCAAGCGAACCGUCCCCAAGAGAAUCUAUCUUCACUAUAUCUGGCUCCCUCGUCACCUCCUUUUUCGGUCAAACAAAUACCAUAGGAGUUAUAGUAUCAAUCACCACCACCGCCAGCGGAAUCUCAUCCCCCAGCCCCUCCGAUUCUACCGCCCCAGCUCCCAAGAAUCCUCCCAAGUAUGAUCCCAAAGCACUAAUCGGCAUUGUACUUGGAGUACUCGUCUUCCUCCUCCUCCUAAUCUUCACUCUCAUCUGGAUAGGAAAAUACCGACGAGCGCAAAAGAGCAAAUCUACUACCCCAACAGCCGAAAGUCCACGAACUUCUUCUUCAGCAAUCUUCCAGAAGUGA